AUGGCUCCGCUGCGCUUCUCGGCGAAUCUGUCGUGGUUGUUCCCCGAGGUCCCCGGGCUCCUCGCGCGGCUCUCGGCCGCGGGCAGCGCGGGCUUCGAGGCGGCCGAGGUGGCCUUCCCCUACGCCGAGCGGCCCGAGGCGCUGGCGCGCGCUGCGCGGGAAGAGGGGCUGCAGCUGGUGCUGAUCAACACGCCCCCCGGAGAUCAAGACAAGGGGGAGAUGGGCCUGGGGGCCGUACCGGGGCGGCAGGCGGCCUUCAGAGAGGAGCUGCAGAAGGCUGUGCUCUAUGCCAAGGCUCUGGGCUGCCCCAGGAUUCACCUGAUGGCUGGCCGUGUACCCCAGGGGGCUGACAGAGCAGCUGUUAGGGGAGAGAUGGAGACAGUUUUUCUGGAGAACCUGAGGCACGCAGCGGAUGUUCUGGCUCAGGAGAACCUCGUGGGACUGCUGGAGCCCAUUAAUACCCGUAUCACUGACCCUCGGUACUUCCUGGACACCCCGCAGCAGGCGGCAGCCAUCUUACAGAAAGUUGGAAGACCCAAUCUCCAGUUACAAAUGGACUUAUUCCACUGGCAGAUCAUGGAUGGGAACCUGACAAGAAACAUCCAGCAAUUCCUGCCCCUUGUUGGCCACGUGCAGGUGGCACAGGUCCCCGGCCGGGGAGAACCUGACAGUCCUGGAGAGCUGAACUUCUCCUACCUAUUCCAGCUGCUGGAGGAGGAAGGCUACAAAGGCUUUGUGGGCUGCGAAUACCGACCCCAGGGAGACACUGUAGAGGGCUUGACGUGGCUACGUUCCUACCGGGAUAGGUGAGGCCAUCCGAAGUCUGGCCUGGGAGGUGCUGCACGCUGCUCAUAUGCCGCUGGGGCAGUGGAUAUCCCGUGUCUUCUCUGA